AUGGACCCGCCUGCAUUCGCGUCUCUCGCGCACGUACGAAUAAUCCUUCUGCCUGUUGGUAACAUUCGCCGGUCGACUUUUGACCAGUGGGCAUCGGAAGUCAGAAGCAUUGAAAGUAUACCUCUUGGUGAUAUACCGGCGGAGUCGAAGGAUGAAAGAGCGCGGUUCAUGCCGAGCCCUCUCGCUAGCGGCCAUGUUCACCUGAGUUACCAAUCCCAUCCUCCUGCUGCGGCCCACAAUGCCCUCGCUUUAUUUCGGCCGUCAGACUUCCCACUGGGUCUUGUUGGUAUUGCCUCAUGCUCGCAUGCCGACUCUUUACCCACAAUCCAGGCAUCGUUCAAGUCUGCUGUUAAGGAUAUGUCGCUGCACAAGGCAGCCUUCCCAGUUUCUCAGAACUGCUUCGUCUUCGAGGAACACGACGCGAACCUGGAUCUUGGAGAUAAAUUCCCAGGCCUUGUAGUCAUCCCAAGCAUGAUGGCCAACAAGCAUGUGCAUAUCAGUACGUUACUUGCUGGGUUGUGCUCCCAUAUCCUCGGGGACUUUGCAACAGUGAUGCAAUCACUAGAGAGUCCGCUUGGGAAUGAAUAUCUCAACGCUUCCUUGUUUCCCUCCCUUCCGUCAGCGUCAGAAAUGCCGCGGUCCCUAGACCCAGAGAUACCCCAACGAGACUCUCUACCUCCGUUGCCGUCGUAUAACAGUCAGCCGGAUCUGAGCACAAAUGGCUCCGCAAGAUCCAAGACACCUGCAGCUUCGAAGCGAAUGUCUACUGGCCCCGGGCUCGUCCCAAGCCGGACUGCGAGUCUGCCCACUACUCCAGUGACGGCGAAGAAGCGUCCCAACCUACUUGGAGCGGCUUCGUCGCACGGGAGGCUCUUCAAGGUGCUUGCAGACUUGUUUUUACUCGCAGGAAGGCAUGCGGACUCACAAAUAUGGUAUUCGGAAGCGAUUGCCCUCUUCAAGGGGUCACCCCACGACACAUCCUGGCAUGCAGCGGCUCUGGAGGGACUGGCUACCAUCCCCGUCAUUGAAGCCUGGUCAUCUGGCAGUGCAACGGCAAACGGCGCAGACGAAAAGGAACCGUGGCAGGACAUUGUAGACAAGCUCACCCAGGCGACUGCUCUCUACCACAAGAGUACGCCUAACUCCGAACACGAACGGACAUAUCCUCUGCUGGCUUAUCUUUAUUCGCAAUCUGUCAUCCGGCAUACAUCUCUACUCUUCGCUGUGUGGUCUGCUAAGGGGUGGGGCCCUCACGCCUUCGGGAAAUUGAUUCAGCCCGGAACAACUCCCUACUUGCCUUCCAGUACAGCAUCAUCAAGUACAGAUCAUAACGGUGUCACCAUAACCGUGGUGAACGGUCGUACGAAGGCAUCUUACGCUGAACUGGAACGCCUCACUACCAUCACUGGGAUCACUCGCACACAGAUCGCGACAACACUCUCCCAGGUACACGGCCCCUGGCUGCUCCACCUCGCUGCUCGAGAACGCAUAGGUAUAUUGCAGACAGUCGCGGGCAUGUUUGGUGCCCUAGGCUAUCUUCGCAAAGAGGCUUAUAUCCUUCGAGAGCUGCUGGGUUCCAUCAUGGAUCUCAUUGUAUGCGGCCGAGAAGAGAGCGGCGGGGCGCGUCCGAACGGGGCCGGGCUUGGGAUUCGAGGAGCACCCGUGGGCAACGCUUCUACUACAGCCGGGACCGUCGGGGUGCGAGAGAAUCCAAGAUUGGAGGGGAACGAGAGCAUGCUACGGAUCAUCAAGCACAUUUGUAGGGUCCAUGGCGUCGACAUCGAGAGCGUCAAGCUCGUAGACAUCGGUGCUAUUGCGGCGACAUCCAACGGCGACGCUGCUGAUGACGCUGAGGAGGAAGACUUGGAUGACUCGCCUCAAGAUCCCUUCGGGUGGCCCGAGCUGCAGAUUGGUAUCAUCCGGGAAGCCAUCGCCGUCGCUGAGGCUCUGCCAGACUACCCCUCCGUGGCCCAGUUCUCGUUGUCUUCUCUCAAGUCACUGCAUCCGGUCAUGAGUCACAGCGACCAAGUCCAUCUGUACCAUACUGCGACGCGGGCGCUGACGACGGCAAUUCGAAGAGGAGACAGGCGGACGGUGGAAUAUUGGGCUGGCAAGCCCAUCGUCAGUAUUGAAGUGCUGUCACUACCUCUCAUCCGCCUACCCAUCGAGAAGCCGUUGUCGCUCCUCGCCAAGGCGAAUGACCAGUCUGGCGUCGAUACCAUCCUCACAGGCGUCAAGGACCCCUUUCUCUACAACCCGCGCAAAGUUGCGUCAGGACAGACGCAAAGUAUUCUGGUGCAGAAUGAGAGAUUCGAGGUUGUGAUGACUCUCAGGAACCCAUUCGUAUUUGACUUACAGCUAGAGAGCCUUGCUCUCAGUACCUCUGGCGUGCGCAUCGAGUCGGAGGCAAUGCCCAUCACCAUUCCAGCAAACACCUACCAUCCAGUAACGAUGACUGGCAAAGCAGCUGAACCCGGCACCCUGACAAUCAGAGGGUGUGUUGUCCAAGCACCCGGAGGCCUUCCCCGGGAAUAUAUCCUCCCUCUGUCGACUGAGGAGGAAGAGGAGACGCGGUCACGUCGACGCAGCGCCAUCGAGUCCGAGGUCGGUCGGGCGAAAUACGCAGGGCUCGAGUCCCGUCCUUGGAAAAGGAUGAGCAAACGGGACAGCAAACAAGUUUCCAAGAAGCAGCCUCUCCGUUUCUUGGAGUGUAAGGUCGUCCCGGAGCAGCCUCUGCUGCGAAUAAGACGGACAUCACUCACACAUGCAGCGGUGAUGUUGUACAACGGCGAAACGUCAACGAUUCGUCUCACCCUGGAGAACGUCUCGUCCCUCACCAUUGACUUCGUCCGCAUCACGUUCGACGACUCAACAAUUGCUCCAGCCCAACAAAUUCUCGCCGAGGGGGAGUUGUCCGUCUUCGAGACAUACGAGACGGAGUAUGAUCUCAUCCACAGACCUGUAUUCACAUGGGAUGCUGGGCGGGAGGCUUCUCGGGUUGACCCUGGCGAGAAGGCCAGCGUGGCCGUCAAGUGCUUCGGUAAGGUGGGAUGUACGAGUGGUGCCAUUCAUGUCUCGUACGCGUAUAUCAACCGGCAUCACGAGACGCUGAAGGAGAAACCGCCAGACGUCUUCCACACAAGACAGCUCUCAUACCCAGUCGUUGUGACUGUCUACCACAUGCUGGAGUGCCAUUCCAUGGACAUCUCUCCAUAUUCUCGGAUCACCGCAUUUGCAUCGACAACCGAAGAGGACGACGACUCACCGGCCGGCAAGGCUCGGAGAGCACUUUUUGAUGUUGAGGAUGUGGCGGACUGGUGCCUUUUCUCUGUCGAUGUGCGGAAUACGUACGGGUCGCCCUUUGAGGUGACGUUCGAGCGGAGAAUGCAUAAUCACCGUGCCAUGACCACAGCCCAUAUGACAACGACUGUCCUCGUACCACCUGGCUCAACGACGCGUAUCGUACUCCCAAUUAGGAAAAUCCUCCUCACUGAGGAACAGACAUCAAAACCGAUACCUACGCUGUCGGACAGGCAGUUCGUCGUCGUGAAGUCCAAUCUUUCCUCUGCUGAGGAGAAAGCUCAGCGUGAGCUGUUCUGGUACCGUGAAGAGCUCUUCAAGACGGUACAAGGACGAUGGCGAGAGACCGGUGGUAUGCGUUCGGGCGAGCUGUCAUUACGGCAACAACGUAUGACGCAGCCAAUGCUUGAGGCACUGCGCACAGAAACGGCAAGGGUGCAGAUGUCGCUCGUUCGCUACGAGGACGAAGUUGCGAUGCCUGUAGACGUGGACCCAUCAGGAUCAAAGUACCUUCCUCCGCCAAACGAGUUCGUCUACAUGAGGACGAAGGUGACGAAUCUUGCGCCCGCAGAACUAGUACUCGUCGCCAACCUUGCCUUGGAGCCUGCGCAGCAUACUAUAUACCAAGGAGUUCUGACAGGCAUCCCCAUGGGGCGCUUGGCACCGGGGGAAUCGUACGAGACGGAGCUGCCGGUCGCAUUCCUGUCUCGUGGACGGUUCGACGUAUCUGCAGAGAUUCGCGCACUCAAUGUCUCCGACACCACGAGUCCUGUAGGUCGUGGAGAUCUGAGGGCCGUGGUUGAGGCCGACUUCUCAUAA